AUUGUAAUGUCAGCUGACAUCUUUCACGUCUGCUCUUCUUGAAAUCAAACAUCCUUGAAAACGGUCGUGGCAUUGACAAAAUUGUCAAUUUUCGUUUUAAAUGUAGUUAAAAAUAAUUUUGGAACAUUUACCGGGUUCAAAGAAAAAUCCGAUGUAUAACCUUAAGUUAUUACGACGCGCCGUAGUUCCGGCCGGUGUGGGUGCAGCCGCCACAUUGUUCACCGUUUCGGCCGCCAAACCAGUCCCCCCUCCCCCUCCACCCGCCGAUUGUGACCCCAGCAAGACCCUAGUACGACCGCGCGAUCUACCCAUCUACAGUAUUGACCCACCCUGUCUCACACAGCCUUCGUCAUCUGCCACGUCGCAAGAUGCGAAUCCGUUCGUCGAUGUGAUCGCCAUUGGCAGGAGGGAAAUUUUGGCUUCCCUCAGCCAACUCGAGAAGGUGCAGACUGCCUUCUGGGAUACUCUCAGAACUGGCAAAGCGCAUACUGAAGCAUCCCUAGCCAUGCUCCGAGACGAAGACAAUGCGACAAUGCGGUACGGAGCGAUCGGCGGAGGGGCAUUUGUCGGGCUGUUGCUGAGCGCGCGAAAAGGAAAAUUCAAAAAGUUGCUCUACAUGUCAACUUUCUCGCUGGCGGUAGCGUCGCUCUGCUACCCGGAGGAGGCCAGUGUCUAUUCUGCUGACGCGGCGCGACUGGCGAAGCGAUACGCUAACAUUGCUUAUCAUUUCGCUGUUGGAGUGCUAGAGGACAUGGGAGUAUCGGUGCCCAAAGUUGGCAACCCUGUCGACUAUGUUCAGGAGCUUCUGGGUCUGAGGGAGUCGGUGAAAGGCCCAGGCAGCGCUGUGCUAUUGCCCCCACAACAGGAGACCCCCAGUCAUCUAGUGGCCAGCAAACCACACAAAUAAAAGAGGUGAGCCAGACCUGGAUUUUGUGGACGCCCCACCAGACGAUAUAGAAGAAGAACCGGUCAAGAAGAAAGAUAAAAAAGCAGCGAAAGAAGAUAAGAAAGAUACCGCGAAGAAAUAAUAAUUCUGUAUCAUAUUGUCUUCUCAUCCUAGUAGGAAAGAAUGCCAUAAAUUCUGUUGUUAUCUCAAUCAAAACUAUGAGUCAAGUCGCAAUCUAUUGUUGACAAAUAAUUGUAAAUUCUCAAAUUAUCAGUUUAAUUGAAAAUCUAAUUCCAGAAAGAAAUUGUUACAGAGUAUUAUGAAUAAUAAAUCGAUAAAUUAGUCUUAAAAAUC